AUGAUAAUAGUAGAAAAUGGCAAUGGUGGUGAAGAUGUUGUUGAUGCAAGAGAUGGUUGUGACAAAGCAGAAGUUGAUAAAGAUAAAAAAGUUGAACUUUUAUCCAAAGCUGAAACAUUAUUGGAUAUUAAUUCUGAAGUAGUUUCCAAUUUGGUCUUGGAUGAACCCAAUUUUUUUUGA